GAGAGGGAAGCAUGGGGCCUGCAAAGGCCCUGGCGCCUCGGGAGGAGGAGACUGGAAGACUUGCGGCCCUUCCUAAUUCCUCAGCCGCCCUCUUGGAAAUCGGGCAGGGGUUGUGGCUGGAUGCCGGUGUCACGGAAGGUCUUCGGUGUACCAUACAGAAGUAACAUGUUCCCAGCAUUGAAAACAGAGCUAAAGCAGGAGAUUCUUGCUGAUCCCUAUGAAGACUUUAUGUACCAUCACCUCCGGUACUAUGGCUACUUUCAAGCUCAAAGAGACAGUUUACCAAACUCGGCUACGCACCAGCUUGCUUGGAAGAAUAAUCCCCAACUUGUCUUGAAUGGCUUUUUUGGGGAAAGAGGUGAUUUGAUACCAGACCCUCCACAAAAGGAGAAGCUCCUGUGGCCUACCUGUCUAUCUUCAACUCUACCCAGACAGAUAGAAGCUGUGAGCAGAGAUUCCUCAACGCUGACUUCACUUCUCAAGAGCAGACAGCUUCUUCGUGGUGACUUUGGUGAAGCAAACCCUCGUCUUCGAGAACCCCGAGAUCUCUUUGCCUUUUUCUCUGGGAGUGGGCCACUGCAGGCUCCACAAUGGCCAGUAGAAUGUGAGGUCAUCAAGGAAAACGUUCAUCAUAUUGAGGGCGUUCCACCUCAGCCAGAAUAUUUCUAUCAACCUACAGGAAAUGAAAAGAUUCCGGAAAUUGUAGGAGAGGAAAAAGGCACAAUUGUCUAUCAGUUAGAUUCAGUGCCCACCGAAGGUUCCUAUUUCAGCAGCUCCAGAGUGGGGGGCAAACGGGGAGUCAUCAAGGAACUGGCUGUCACAUUGCAAGGUCCAGACGAUAACACUCUACUGUUUGAAUCACGGUUUGAGAGUGGGAACCUGCAAAAGGCUGUCAGAGUAGACACCUAUGAGUAUGAACUCACCUUGCGAACUGACCUCUACACAAACAGACACACUCAGUGGUUUUAUUUUCGAGUUCAGAACACCAGGAAAGAUGCCACCUAUCGCUUCACCAUUGUCAACCUGCUGAAACCCAAGAGCCUCUAUACUUUAGGGAUGAAGCCACUCAUGUACUCCCAGUUGGAUGCCAACACCCACAGCCUUGGCUGGAGGAGAGAAGGAAAAGAAAUCAAGUAUUACAAGAACCAGACGGGUGACGGGCAGCAGCCCUUUUACUGUCUCACGUGGACCAUCCAGUUUCCACAUGACCAGGACACUUGCUUCUUUGCACACUUCUACCCAUAUACGUACACUGAUUUGCAGUACUACCUCCUAUCAGUGACAAACAACCCCAUCCAAUCGCAGUUCUGCAAACUCCGAACUUUAUGCCGGAGCCUAGCAGGAAAUACCGUCUACCUGCUCACCAUCACCAACCCAUCCCGGACCCCUCAGGAGGCAGCUGCCAAGAAAGCCGUGGUCUUGAGCGCCAGGGUCCACCCUGGGGAAAGUAAUGGCUCCUGGGUCAUGAAAGGCUUUUUGGACUUCAUUCUUAGCAACUCCCCAGAUGCCGCGCUCCUCAGAGACGUCUUUGUCUUCAAAGUGGUUCCCAUGUUAAAUCCAGAUGGAGUGAUUGUGGGGAAUUACCGCUGUUCGCUGGCUGGAAGGGACUUGAACAGGCAUUAUAAAACCAUUCUGAAGGAGUCUUUCCCGUGCAUCUGGUACACCAGGAACAUGAUCAAGAGACUCCUUGAAGAAAGAGAGGUUCUCUUGUACUGUGAUUUCCAUGGCCACAGCCGUAAGAAUAAUAUCUUCCUGUAUGGCUGUAAUAACAACGAUCCCAAGUACUGGCUUCAUGAGCGAGUCUUUCCUUUAAUGUUAAGCAAAAAUGCACCAGAUAAGUUCUCUUUUCCUAGUUGUAAUUUUAAGGUCCAGAAGUGCAAAGAAGGAACAGGACGCGUUGUGAUGUGGCGGAUGGGAAUCCUAAACAGCUACACCAUGGAGUCUACCUUUGGCGGGUCCACCCUGGGCAGUAAAAGAGACACUCACUUUACCACUGAGGACCUAAAGUCCCUAGGCUAUCAUGUCUGUGACACCCUCCUGGAUUUCUGUGAUCCUGACCAAACCAAGUUCACACAGUGUCUGGCAGAGCUUAAAGAAUUCUUACAACAGAAAAUCCAUAAAAAGUUCAAUGAACUUGGACAAGAUAUGGAUUUAGAAAGAAGUUGGAAUGAUAUCUCUUUGUCUGACAUUGAAUCCAGCACCAGUGGUUCUGACAGUUCCCUCUCAGACGGUCUUCCUGUUCAACUCCUGAGCAUAGCACAUCAGUUGACUCAGAAGAAGAUGAAUAGGAAGAAAAAAAAGAAGCCACUUCAGACUAGGAAACAGCGAAACGAACAGUAUCAGAAAAAUCAUUUAAUACGGGAGUUCAAGUCAGCAGAAGAUGCCCCGGAAAGCGCAGGGUUUGCUUCUGUUCUGCAAAAGCCGCCUACCUUUUUCAAAAAUUCAGGGAAUACCAGUUCUUCAACAAUGAAAAAUGAAAAACCAAGAAUGAAUGAGUUAAAUGGAAGAGACAAAGGCACCUCCUCCCUGGACCCACCAAAAACAACCCCCUCGAUUCUGACUAAGAAUAAAGAGAGAAUGCAGGAAUUUGUCCAUUUCACCUAA